AUGUUCGCCGUGUUGAUGUUGACGAUGGUCUUGAGCAUUUCUGCGGAGAAUGCGACCGAGAAGUCACUGCGCGGCAGUGCGCCGGCAGAAGCGGUCACGGAAGAGUUCCUGGCGCGACCUGGGCCGCGGGGUGGGGGACGCGACCGGCCUGAUCGGCCAAGGCCCCAUUCGCAUCAUCACCGUCCAUGGCAUGUUCACGACUGCACAGGAUCAUGUGACGCCUGCCAGACUUGUGUAAACAGGGCAUGCAUAGGCCGGCCAUGCUUGAGCCUCGCGAAUCUCGGACCGCAGGAUUGCAGCCUCUGUGACAGCUGCCAAACUUGCGAAAAUGGUGCCUGCAUGGGCCAAUCCUGCGAAGCUCGGUGCCUGGAAUGUCCGACAAUUCCGACAUGUCUCUCGACACAGAAAACCAUGCUCGGAACCUGUGUCAAUGGGCAGUGCAUUCCCGGGACGUGCGUGUAG